GGCAUCAAACUAGGCUGUUUUUCAAGAAUGUUUACCCGAAGGACAUCUGAUGCUUUUCACUUCAUGCUACAUUGUUCAGAUAAGACUUUCAAGUGUUGCCUAAAUAAGGAAGAAACCCUCAGUGAGAUGAAGCUAGCCAGGGACCAAAGUGACACAAGGAAUUCAAAUGGUGCAGGGCAUAAGCUACUUCAUUUAUUACUAAACCUUGCCAUCUUUCUAAAAGAACAAAAAAUGAGAAUGGCUUUUCAGGAAUCUACAAAGAAUGAAGAUGAGGAAGUGAUGGAAGAUGAAGAAGAAGAGGAUUCAACAGUGUUCCUUAAACCUAUCAUUGAUGAUAAAAACAUGGAACUUGCAAAAAAGUGCACAGAGAUAAUAAGUAAUGUCCGUUAUAAAGAAGAAUAUGAAAAAUCAAAAGGCAGGUGGACUCAUGUGCCUGAUACUCUACAGCUGACACAUGCGAAAAAUAUGUCUACUGUUAUUUCUGAUGCGAAAUACAAAGCAAAGGCUAAGAAAGAAUUUAAUAACUCAUUCUAUCAGCAAAUGCCUGCUACAAUUGAUAGUGUAUUUGCAAAAGAAGUUAUGAAUCUUCAGAGCAAGGUUCUUUACAGGAAAAAAUAUAAUGCAGAGAAAGGAAUAUCAAAUUAUGCACAGAUGAAGGAUAUUCCAGAUGUUAAGCAUGCCAUGGAAAUUAGUAAACACCAGAGUAAUGUUUCAUAUAAAAAAGAUCUCCAGGAUAAUCACAAAUAUACUGAAACUUCCAAUAGACCAGAUAUAAUGAUGGCAACAAAGCUAACAAAGAUAAUAAGCAAUGCUGACUAUACAAAAGGAAAACAAGAAAUGAGCAAAGAACCAACUGUACUUGGAAGAUUAGACUUUAACCAUGCUCAGAAAGUAUCCAAGUUGUUAAGUCAGGUUAAAUAUAAAGAGAAGUCUGUUAAAGAAAUGAAGAAUUAUUGUUUCAAUCCUCUAGAAACUGCUUUUUUCAAGCAAGCUCAACUGGCUUCUGAAUUGGCAAGUGAUAUAAAAUACAAAAAAGAAAGUCUGAACAGUCUUCAUAAACCCAGAUCUGCAUUUUCAAACCUCUUACAAUUAGAGCAUGCAUUGAAUGCCAGCAAGAUCCAUAGUAAUUAUGAAUAUAAGAAACUAUUUGAGAAAACUAAGGGACUCUAUCAUUUUGAAGUGAAUGCUGCUGAACAGCUGCACUACAAAGAAAAUGCAGUCCUGCAAAGUCAGGUUAAAUAUAAGGAGAAAUAUGAAAAAUCAAAAGGCAAGUCUAUGCUAGAAUUUAUAGACACACCAACAUACCUAAUUUCAAAGGAAGCUCAAAAGUUUCAAAGUGAAAAAAUGUAUAGAAAAGAAUUCGAAGAAAAAAUCAAAGGGAAAGCUGCCUUGGACUUAGACAAGACUCUAGAAUUCUUGCAUGUGAAACACGUAACAGAUUUACUAAAAGAGAAAGAGUACAGAAAAGAUUUGGAAGAAGGGACAAAAGGAAAAGGACUGGCAGUACUUGAAGAUACUCCAGAUUUGAUCAGAGUGAAAAAUGCAGCUCAGAUACUAAAUGAGAAAGAAUACAGAAAAGAUCUGGAACAGGAAAUAAAGGGAAGAGGAGUGAAACUUAUUUCAGAAACUCCUGACUUUCAAAGAGCGAAGAGAGCAUCUGAAAUUGUUAGUGAGAAAGAAUAUAGGAAAGAUCUGGAGACCAAAAUUAAAGGAAAAGGAAUGCAAGUUGGCACUGAUACUCCUGAAAUACAGCGAGCAAAGAGAGCAUCCGAAAUUACAAGCCAGAAAGAAUACAAGAAACAUCUAGAGAUGGAAAUUAAAGGAAAGGGAAUGCAAGUGGGCAUGGAUACGCUUGAUAUACAACGAGCAAAAAAAGCUUAUGAACUUGCAAGCCAGAAAGAAUACAUGAAGGAUUUGGAGACUGAAAUCAAAGGGAAAGGAAUGCUAAUAGGCCCAGAUAUUCCAGACAUAGAGCGAGCAAGAAAGGCAUCUGAAAUAGCUAGUCAGAAGAAAUAUAAAGAUGAAGCAGUGAAGAUGCUAUGUACUUAUUCUGCUGUGCCAAGUACUCCUGAAAUUGAGAGGAUUAAAAAUGCGCAAAGAAAUAUCAGUACUGUUCUUUACAAGAAAAAAUUAGGUGCUGGUAUAACAGUAGCAGAGACUCCUGUGACUGAACAUGUAAAGAAAAAUCAGAAAAAUAUUAGCACAGUAUGCUAUAAAGAGCAGCUUGGUAAAGGUACUUCAGUGAGUGUCACUCCUGAAAUGGAAAGAGUCAAGAAGAAUCAAGAAAUUAUCAGCUCGGUCAAGUACAGCAGAGAUCAGCAGCAAAUGAAAGGUAGACCUAGCGUGAUUCUAGAUACACCCGAGUUAAGGCAUGUCAAAGAAACACAAAACAUCAUCUCAAUGGUCAAAUACCAUGAAGAUUUUGAGAAGACAAAAGGCAGAGGGUUCACUCCAGUAGUGGAUGACCCUGUAACUGAACGGGUGAGAAGGAAUACCCAAGUGGUUAGUGAUGCUGCAUACAAAGGUGUUCACCCACACAUAGUUGAAAUGGACAGGAGACCUGGAAUAAUUGUGGAUCUCAAAGUUUGGCGCACAGAUCCUGGCUCCAUCUUCGACCUUGAUCCUUUGGAAGAUAAUAUUCAGUCUAAGAGUCUACAUGUGCUUUUGGAAAAAGCAAGACGUAGCCAAUGCCAUUUGCAUUCUACCAGUACUUCUGGCGUUGGAGAUGACAAAUCAGAUGAUUCUAUAUUUUCUUACUCCAGUGAGGCAACAAGACUAUCUAAUGAAGGAGGAGCCCCUGUGCUUCCUGGGGCCUACCAACAAAAUCAGCCCCAAGGAUAUGGUUACAUGCAUCAGACUAGUGUGUCAUCUAUGAGAUCAAUGCAUUCACAGCCACAUUCAGCUAGCUUGAGAACUUAUAGAGCUAUGUAUGACUAUAGUGCCCAAGAUGAAGAUGAAGUUUCCUUCAGAGAUGGUGACUACAUCAUCAAUGUACAACCAAUUGAUGAUGGUUGGAUGUAUGGUACAGUUCAGAGAACUGGGAAAACUGGAAUGCUUCCAGCAAAUUACAUUGAGUUUGUUAAUUAGUUCAGCAUUAAUUCUUAUGAGCAUUUUGAUUUACUUAUAAUCUUUUUAAACAAAGUAUUUUUAAAACCACAACUUUAUGAUUUUCUUGUUAGUGUAACAAACUGAGAUCAUAUGCUAAAGUCAACAUAUAGUCCAAUAGGAAAUCUAGGAAUACUGAGCUCUGAAAGCAUGAUACUUAAAAUGAUUUAUA